CAUCAAAGAUAAAAUAUAAGGAAAAUACAACGUUCAAGUGUGAUCACAUAUAAACGUAGAGCCUUCCCAUGUCCUUUGUUAUUUUCAGUAUCACUGUGCAUUCAACAUGAGGAACACGGCUUUUAUAUUUGUUACGUUGCUGAUACUGGUAGGUCUGCAAGUACAGGUUUCACAGGCUUGUAGCGGUAUCUCCUGUCCAUACUAUUUCGGCACGACUCCAUUACGGUGUGUUAACAAGCCGGGAAAGCGAAAGAAGAGGUCAAGCUCUCCCACGCGUUCCACAAUAGCUAUAACUCAUCGAUACUUGUACUAUCGGGGAUAUUACAUGGAAUUUGGUGGAACUCGGAGUGGAGGUUACGCUAAAGUCGGCACAUAUAGAUGGGGAUCUCGAUGUUCGGCUGAUACAGAAAGCAGACCAGCGGGGUGGAGCAGGGUAUCCCUGGACUGUAUGAGAAAAUGUGCUGACAGUUAUAAGUGGAUGUACGGCUCGUUCCAUUGGUAUAACAACAACUGUCACGAUUUUGCAAAUAGAAUGGCGAGAGUUCUGUACGACGGCCGGUACAGUAGCAGUUACUGCCCCUGGUGGUGUACAUAUAGGAAGUAAUGCUGAGUUUAUCGGGGCGGGGGAGGGGGGGGGGCGGGUUAGUAAGCGAGAUUUCUUAGUAAUUACGGGUAAAAUGGACUUCAAAGUUUGAAUGGACUUUAAACGAAAACAUGUCAAUGACGGAUGCUAGUUUCUAAAACGAACGAUUAAAAUUGUAAUAAAAUGUUGAUAUCGAAGAUACGAUCUUAAAAAACGCCAUUUUACACUUGAUUACAUUGAAAUAUCUGAGAAUUACUCUUGAAAUAAAACCGACCCUCUGACUAUUAGACGAUGAAAUAAGCUUACAUUGUUGAUAUUGCAUACUUAAUAUAUUUCCAUCAUAGCGGCCUAACAAUUCUUUAUGUGUGAGAGAUUUACUCUUGAAAUAAAACCGACCCUCUGACUAUUAGACGAUGAAAUAAGCUUACAUUGUUGAUAUUGCAUACUUAAUAUAUUUCCAUCAUAGCGGCCUAACAAUUCUUUAUGUGUGAGUUAUAUAAGUGUACGCAUAGUGUUUUUGAUGCCUACUCAUGAUCGUCGACUGAUAAGCCCACAUAUACUGCUAAUAACAAGUUGACAUGACUUGACAUAUGGUCAAAAGACAAGAUGGACGUUCCGCAUUUGCUCUGUAUCACAUGAAUGAUUUUUUUAUAAUGUACAUGUAUAUACUUUGUAUUGUUGCUAGUCUUUGUUCUGUUCUAUAACCGUAUCAUGUACAUCUUUGUCAGUCUGUG